CCAGAAGCAGGCUAUCACCAGGUCCGAUCUGAGGAAACUCUACACAUCCAGCGCCUUCGAUACCAACACCCCGUUUGGGUUGCUCAAUAAAGUCUGGUUCGAGAUCUGCAUGUACUUCUGCACAAGGGGGAGGGAGAACCAGAGAGAAUUGGAGGAGGAUUCCUUUGGCUUGGCCACUGAUGAGGAUGGGCGAAGAUUUGUCUAUUACAAAGCUUGUGGACCAUACCAUAAAUCUCGCUCCAUAACCUGGAGCAAGAAGAGAAUGGUGAACGAUGAGGAGAACUUCCCUAGGAUGUAUGAAACAGGCACAGAGUUCUGCCCUUACGCAAGUUUUGUCAAGUAUGUUUCGAAACGCAACCCCCUCUGUAAGGCUUUCUUUCAAAGACCCAGAGAUCAUUGCAGUGAAGUUGACGUGACUUGGUAUGAGAACAAAGCUAUCGGCAAGAACUUGUUGGGCACUCGUAUGCAGAUGCUGUCCAAGGCUGCCAAGCUCUCUAAGACGUACACCAAUCACUGCAUAGGGGCAGUCUCCAUAGCCACACUCAGCAGCAUUGCAGGUAUUGGCAGCAGGCUGGCUCCUCACCGAUCUCCCCAGGAUGUUAAUGGGCCACGCCAGCAGCAAUCAUGCCCAUACGCACUGCAACACCACGACAAAGAGAUUGUGGGGGUGAAAGUGGAGCAAGUCGUCAACUCCAGUCUUUGUGAACCUUUGCACCCGGAUGAAACGGUUCCUCCAUCAUCAAAAAGACUCUGUGUUCGCUCCUCUAAUCCUGUAGGUUCCCAGACUGUGAUUCUGCAUAGAACCGAUUUUCAGGAAUCCUUGGUUCAGGAAUCUGCUGAUCAGCUUGAGACCACUCCAUCAAUAACCAUUUCACCAAACCAGGUAAUGCUUUGCAAUCAUAGGUUGAUAAGUUCAUCACAGAGUUCGACAACCAACUUUUGAAUUUAAGAAAAAAAC